CAAAAGAGUCAAAAUAAUAUUAAUAGCAAGUGUAGGCAAAUAGUUGUUUUGUGGAGAUAUUUACUAAAAAUUAUUGAUAUUGUCAAAUUAUAACCAUUUUAAAUUCAAACAGUUCAAACUCCGACGUUUAGACAAUUUUUAAAUCCCAGUUUGGAAUAAAAAAAUCAUUCUAAAUGAUAGAUCUUAAUUCAGUAAUUGUUUUGGCUGAAACCCUAGCCACAGAAAUAAAUACUAUUAAUAGUGAAAAGGAAACUAUAGAAUUAUUUAUUAUAUAUGGUUGCGUUGGAGUAGUACUAUUUUAUGGAGUUUCUAGAUAUUUAGAUGUGAAGCCAGAAAUUGUGAGAACUAUUAAUAACAAUUAUUUCUUCUGAAUCUAAUAAUGGCAGCUCCUCCACAUCAUUUUAUGCAAAAUUUGAAUAAUCCUCAGCCUGCUGCAAUGCGUAGUUCAUUUGGACCAUCACCAAUGCAAACCCAGAUGGCUCCAGGGGGUAUGCAGAAUGCUAUGCCAACGCAGAUGCCAGUUCAACUGUCAAAUCCAAUGGGUAGUCCUAUGGUAUCACAAAUGAGCAAUCCAAUGAAUGGGACCUGACGCCAAUGAAUCCCAGUAUGAAUGGAGGCUCGCCAAUGUUAAGUCAGAUGAACCAGCACUACAAUAUGAGCAGUCCAAUGAAUGGGGCGCAAAUGGGGCCUCAUCAACCCCCACACAAAUACCUAUGCAGUCAAGACCCAUGGAAUUUGCUCCUGCUUUGAAUCACCAUGAAAUGCCUCAACAAACUCCAACAGUUGCCCCAACACCCCCAUCAGUUCCUGUGCAACAGCAACAACAACAACAGCAAGCCAAGGAGUUCAAUACUGCUUCUUUGUGUAGAUUGGGUCAAGAAACUGUUCAGGAUAUUAUUAGUAGAACACAGGAAGUAUUUCAGACUUUGAAACAGAUUCAGCCUCCUAAUGGGACUCCCCAAUCCCUUAACACAAGCAACGAAAAGAAGGCCAAGGUUCAAGAACUUCUACGCACAAUUAGAGUACUGUUCAAAAGACUGCGUUUGAUAUACGAAAAAUGCAAUGAAAUUUGCCAACUACAAGGAAUGGAAUACACACAUAUCGAAAGUUUGAUUCCGUUUAAAGACGAAUUAGAUCCGAAGCACGACGAGAAGAAGAAUUCUGAAGCAUACCGGACAGCUUGUGAUGAGAGCAAGGAAGUGAUGGAGCAGGUUAUCUUAAAAAACAAACAACUGAAAGAGGUUAUAGAUCAUUUGAGGCGUAUUAUUUGGGAGAUCAAUACAAUGCUUACUAUGAGGAAGUCAUAGCAAUUCUCCAUGCAAUAGCAUAGCUUAGGCUUAGAAUAAACUUGUUUUGUAGUUAAAUCAACUAAACUUCACUUAAAGUCAUUGGACUGAACAGUUAAUAAAAGGAUGAGUGCCAAAAUGUAAUUAUUUUAUAUGAACAAAAAGUUUUUAUUAAAUGUAUUAUUAAUUGUCUAGGGCAAAACUUUUAUUACAAUCUUCAAGGACUUAUAACAUGAACGACUAUGUUCGUAGUAGCACUUAGCCAGCUACAUAAAACCCUCAAAUUUUUUGGCACCUCAUAUGUAAUUGACAUAAAUUAUUGGUAAUUUUUGUGCUAUUGUGGCCUUAUCCGUUAACAUUAAUUUAUUAGUUUUUAUAUUAUUAUGUUCCCACAGUUCUAAUUAAUUUUAUUAGAUAUACAUAUCUAUAUCUUAAUAUCCAAUAUUCCGAUCAAUUUUUAAAGUCUUCUUUGUCUUGCUGGCGCUUUAUAUAUUAAAUAUAUUUAUACAUCUUUAUGCCUGUAGGUGUGUAUGUGCCGCCUAGGUCAGCAAAUAGUCUAAAAAUGUAAUUUUUUCCCAUUAUUAGCCAAUAACAUAAAUAUUGAAACUUUUCAAGGCUGUUGACAAAUGUAGUCGCCUUAAGUGGACCAUAUUCUAUAGAAAAUAAACACUAAAAGUUGAUCAGCUAAAUGUACCUAUUUAAUAAUUUGACAACAUUUCAAUACUUUAUAAUUAUUAUGUUUAGAAUUAAUUUUAAUGCCAUUAUACACUGAACCACAUAUAUUACGUUUUUUGUUAUUGUUAAGACGUCUAAAAUAUUAUAUUAAUUUGUAAUUUUAUUCAUAUUUUUUUGGCCUUUUGUUAAUAAAG